AUGACCGAUAAUCUCGGAUCUCAACAAAACACGACCAUCGCCGGUCCAUCGAUAUCUGUACCCACUGAAGAACUCGAGAAAGAUGGAAAGCACUCGUCAAGUCCCGUAUCAGAGAUGCAUCAACUCCCCAACUUGCCUCAACAGGGCAUCUCCGAAUUACCUAACAGAACUACAUCUCCUCGGAAUCCUGACGAUGUCGACCUCUCUCAGACUUUGUCGCGGGUAGCUAUCGACGACUCUGACCUUCCACCACCAAGUGCUCAGCCACUAUCUCCCGCCAGACUCUUCCUCGUAGCUGCAACAGUGACAUUCACCAUGUGCAUGUCAGCAGCUGGAUCUCAAGCUCUCAAUAUCGGAUUACCCACUAUUCAGACUGACUUGCAUAUGAUCGAUUCGGAUUUGCAGUGGAUCGCAUCUGCCUAUUCGCUCACCAACGGAUGUUUCUUGUUGCUGAGUGGACGAUUGGCAGAUGUACACGGUAGAAAGCUUGUGUUCGUCACUGGAGUACUGUGGUUUGCGCUCUGGACGAUGAUUGGGGGAUUCAUGAAGAAUGGCGCGGGAUUGGUGGUCACGAGGGCUCUGGCAGGUUGUGGAGCCGCUAUGAGCACACCGAGUGCGGUUGGCAUCAUCGCUGAGAAUUUUACUGGCAAAGCCAGAUCAACCGCUUUUGCCUGUUUCUCUGCUGGAGCACCUGUCGGAGGAGCAAUAGGAUUGAUCGUCGGUGGUUUAUUUGUAUCUUACGUCAAAGAUACCUGGAGAGGCGCUCUCUUCUUACUUGCCGGUCUGGCAUUUUUCAUCUCCGCCGUAGCAUUAUUCACCAUACCCUCCGACGUACCUCAUUCGGAUGAUAAGCGGAUAGAUUGGAUUGGUGCAGCUCUAGUAACAGUCGGUUUGAUCCUGUUGCAAUUUACUAUUAGUGCAGGACAAACUGCUCCGCAUGGCUGGAAGACUGGGUACAUCAUUGCUCUACUUAUCAUUGGGUUCCUUCUGGUUGUCACUUUCUUCCUAUGGGAAAAAUACAUCAUAAAUCAAACGUCCAGACCACCUCUUAUGAGAUUGCAGUUAUGGACAAGGGCAAAAGGUAGGUUGGCUGCGGUAUACUUUAUAGGUUUCGUAGCUUGGAUGGGAUUCACUUCGUUAUUCUAUCACGCCACUUUGUACUACCAGCAAGUCCAAGAGACAGGUCCUAUAGGAGCUAUGCUUCGAUUCUUGCCUACAUCCGUUUCUGGUAUACUAUGUAAUGUGAUAGUAGCUUUCCUGAUCAGUGUGGUACCUACACAAUGGUUGGUCUGUGUCGGACUGAUAGCUACGGGUUUGGGUAAUGUUUGCUUCGCUUUAUCAUGGGAGAACACGAAUUACUGGAGAUUACCAUUCAACGGGAUGUGGUUAUCCGUCAUGGGAGCUGAUUUCUUGAUGGCAACCGGUCUAAUCUUCGUAGCCGCCCUCUCCCUACCUGACGAACACUCAGUAGCUGGAGCGUUGUUCCAAACGUUGAUCCAACUUGGCGGAUCGUUUGGUUUGGCAGUUACAACAGUGAUAUCAGAUGUUCAAUUUGACCAAGCAUACAACACAGGGGAAAAAUCAUACAAGGAAUCUUUACUGGAAGGAUACCAUGCUGCGUUUUGGUUAGGAGCAGCUACCAGCUUUUUGGCGCUGUUCAUUGCUAUCAUUGCUUUAAGGGGGAUGGGUACGAUAGGCAAGGGGGUGAAGAGAAGAAAAGAUAAGGCGGUGGAUGAUCAGAUACCUAUGAAAGGUGCUAAGGGUCAGGAGCAAGGAGUGGAGAACAAGGUCUGA